GCAAAAGUGAAACCUACUGUACGGUAACAGAGAACCUAAAAGUGAGCGUCUGAAAAAAGUGAUCGUCGAAGUUUGUGGAUUAGACUUGGGAUCUAAAGAUUCUGGACAAGAAGGGCGAAGACAAUAGCCAGCCAUAAUGUUGGUAGAAAUCACUCUUCUUGCUGCAUGUAUGUGGAUGUUGUCCAUCCUACUUGCAAGAAAAUUUCGUCCAAUAUGUCAUACCUCCGACAAGGAAAAGUGGAUUGGAAUUGGAACGCCACCUGAAGUCGGAGCUCCUACUCUUGGGGCAAAUCUAUGUCCUCCUUCACCGAUGUGCAGUAGUUUAACGUCACACAACAAUGGCGCUGCCCGUGGAGACACACAUGGUGAAUGGAUGCCUCUUAAAUGCCACAACCCACCUUCUGAGCUGAAGGUCGUUCUGCUGGGUGAGGAGUGGGUAGGGAAAACCUCAUCUGGAAACACGAUCAUGGGCUUCCGCGAUUUCCCUGCGGCCGAGAACACCGUACAAGUGACCCGAAGGAGCAGAAUGCUGGAUGGCAGGCUCGUCACAAUAGUUGACACCCCUGGCUGGGACCCCCAGUCUUCUCCAGAUGCUCCUCACCGUAUCCUACAGAGAGCCUGUGGGAGUGCUGCGCAAGGUGGGCUAGAAGGCCCUCAUGUCCUCCUGCUAACCCUCCCAGUCUGCCUCAAUGCCGAGUGGAAUAAGAAGGUUGCUGCAAGACUGCAAGGGCUGUUUGGGAGGAAAAUGUGGCAGCAUACCAUCCUGCUCUUCACUAGGGCACACCUGCUAGGCAAGACGAGUAUCAAGGAGCAUCUGGAGGACAAGGGGAGGGGCCUGCAGGUCCUGGUGGAGAAGUGUGAGCACAGGUACCAUGCCCUGGAUAACAUCAACACAGGUGCGGAUGCAGCACAGGUGAAGGAUCUUCUGGAGAAGAUGGAGAGCAUGGUGGAAGAAAAUGGCGGAAGGGGUUUCUGCAUAGACCAGGAGUUGGGCCUGUUGGAGCCACACUCAGGACAACAAGUAGUGCAGAUGGCUGGUCAAGGUCAAGAGGAGGCUAUGAACACACUUGAGAGAGAGGUGAUAGAGGUCAAGAGGCGUCUGAUGAUGGUCGAGAGACGUGUGGCUGAUGUUACCAUGGGAGCUAGACAAGAGAAGCUGUUUGAGAUGAAGGAAGAUGAUGAGCAUGCCGGUGAGGAGACUGAAUUUGCAGACAUACAGUUUGAUGAGUACGAGUACAAGUCCGAGAUACUACAGGUGGAGGAAGUGGUUGAAUACGCUCCUGAUGAACUGUCAUGGACCGGUCAUGAUGACGAGGAAAUGAAGGUCUUAGGGAAUGAGAGGCCAUCUGCCUUAGAUCCUCAUGAUGUGGACGGGAGGAAAUUGGAGGGGCACCACUACUUGAUUGACAUAGAUCGACAGAUUGAGACAUCACCAGCAGAGAGUACAGAAUUGGACACUAAGAGUGAAGGUGUGGAGAAUGGGCCAUGCUGUUUCUUAGACACCAGCGAGGACGUUCAGGCAACACACCAAAAGCAAGCAUUCGAUCCGAGGUUUACAGUAGAGACUACAACUGACGAUCGUCAAAAUGCCUGUGCAAAUGGUGUGCCUGAAGCCAGCAUGCAGGUGGCGGGAGAUGAGCUUCUCAGCCACACAGAUGAGUGCCUGGAAGAAAUACGGCAUCUGCUGAUGGCACGUUGGGAUCUUCUUGAUGGGAUGGCCUCCAUAGUUAGCAAGAGUCACGGGCACUCUGGGACUGAGUAUACGGACCAGUCUCAAGUGAUGAGUCAGUUCAUGAGCCGACUCAAUCGUCGACAUGAGAGCUGUAUCGCAGAUGUGGAUUCUUCUGCUGCGAUUUGGAACAUCACGCCUGCUGAUAUCGAGGGCAUCCUGGCCUCCAUGUCCCCAGAAGAAAACGUCCACGACAGGCCUGUUGGAGAGAACACUGAGAGCAAAGGAAGUAAUGAUAGCAAGGACGUUAGCAAAAAUGCUCCAAUGCAACCGGCCAUGGAGGAGAAUCUCAAGAGUCCAGCCACAGGCAACGACAUGCUUGAGAGUGCCGAACACCACACCCAGGAGGAAGAGAACGCAUAUGAUGAUAGAAAUAUACAUAACGGAAUCCUGGUCCUGGAGAAAGAGUGCGAUGGUAAUGAAAGGAAUGAUGAGUCUAUCGGUGACAAGGUCGCUGCGAAAAAGCCUUCAGGAGAUAAAGCAGGAAGAGUAAAGGCACGGGGAAGAAGUCGAAGCCUUGAGAGAUAUGAUGAUUUUAUCAAGGAAAGCAACAUGGAGGGAGGACAGCAAAAGAUACCACAUGGAGAACAGGAUUCAGAAAGGGAACGCGGUAGACAACAGCGCGCUUUGGCCAGAGGGAGUGGACUGGUCUGAAAAGUCUGCUCAGGAAGUUGAAGGAAAUGGAGCUGGCCCAUAUGGCUGAAGCAGACAGCAGACUGAAGUGGGCCACUUCUCCAUGCAGGAGAACACAGAAGAUCUCUCUAUUGUUAUUACUGUAACCUAUUAAAAUCUCUCUGGAUAUGUUCGAAACAGAAAAUAAAUGUACCUUCUAAGAUUGCAUUUAGUAGCAGCAAGGCAUCCAGAUAUGUCUGAAUCAAAUAUUUGUGCACAAUUCUGCCUUAGAAGUUUUCACAGUUAAUACCAAUACAAAUUUCACAGUUAAUACCUCGAUGCCUGCUACUGUAACCUUCUGCCUUUGGACAGACCCUAUUUAUCUGCCAAUAUGUAUCUAUCCCGUUAGUUUACUGUUUUAUUUUUAUUAGACACAUGGCAAAUAUGACAUUGUAACCUUGUAUACAGCACACAUAUAACAAUGUAUGUGUUUUGUUUGAGAUAGAAUAUUUAUAGUCAUAAAAUCAUUAGAUAUACAGUAUAUUAUUAGAUUUGCAUAAUCAUGUCAUGAAAUACACCAAUUUGUUACAAAUUUUUAAGUUGUACUUAUGCAAUGUCUUAUGUUGUCCAAUAAAAUACCAUAU